GAUCUCAUCGCCCUCCGUCACCAGAUUUUAAAGCUUUUUGAGAUUUUUCAGAGGCUUUGCGACAAGUCUCCACCGCCAUUACUAUCUCAGCGCUGAAUCCUCCAUCACCACUCUCUCUCUCUCUCUCUCUCUCUCUCUCUCUACAUCAUAAUAUCAUAUUCUCUCCCCCAUCAUUCACACAGAAAAAAGAGAGAAAGAUUUUCCCUUUUUUCUCUGAUACGGCGGAUAGAUCUCGACCCUCUGCUUGCUUUUUCCUUUAAUGUAAUUGGCGCUAAAUGGCUCUGAAAGACGGUCGGACUAGGAGCUCGGUGCAAAUUUUUAUUGUAGCUGGUCUGUGCUGUUUUUUCUAUAUUUUGGGUGCUUGGCAGAGAAGUGGUUUUGGAAAGGGCGAUGGUAUCGCUUUAGCGAUCACUAAGAAUGAGGCUGACUGCAAUAUUAUUCCGAGCCUAAGUUUUGAUUCCCACCAUGCUGGUGAAGUUGGAAAUAUCGAUGAAUCUGAAUCGAAGCCCAAAGUUUUCGAACCGUGUCAUCAUCGUUACACUGAUUACACCCCGUGCCAAGAUCAGAAGCGUGCAAUGACAUUCCCAAGGGAAGAUAUGAAUUAUCGAGAGAGGCAUUGCCCUCCUGAGGAAGAAAAGUUACAUUGCCUUAUUCCAGCACCGAAGGGGUAUGUAACUCCAUUCCCCUGGCCAAAGAGCCGUGACUAUGUACCAUAUGCCAAUGCACCAUAUAAGAGCUUGACGGUUGAGAAGGCUGUUCAGAACUGGAUCCAAUAUGAGGGUAAUGUAUUUCGAUUCCCUGGUGGGGGAACGCAGUUUCCUCAAGGGGCUGAUAAAUAUAUUGAUCAGCUUGCUGCUGUGAUACCAAUAAAGAAUGGGACAGUAAGAACUGCACUGGACACUGGUUGUGGGGUUGCCAGUUGGGGUGCAUACUUGUUGAGUAGAAAUGUUCUUGCCAUGUCGUUUGCGCCAAGAGAUUCCCAUGAGGCACAAGUCCAAUUUGCUCUUGAGAGGGGUGUACCUGCAGUUAUUGGUGUUCUGGGUACAAUAAAGCUGCCCUAUCCAUCCAGAGCCUUUGACAUGGCUCAUUGUUCUCGUUGCUUGAUUCCAUGGGGAAUAAAUGAUGGAAAAUAUCUCAAGGAAGUUGACCGAGUUCUUAGGCCUGGGGGUUAUUGGGUGCUUUCUGGUCCACCAAUCAAUUGGAAGAAUAAUUACCAAGCAUGGCAGCGUCCCAAAGAGGAUCUUCAGGAGGAACAGAGACAGAUUGAAGAAGCUGCUAAACUUCUUUGCUGGGAGAAGAAGUCUGAGAAGGGUGAAACUGCCAUUUGGCAGAAGAGGGUAGAUUCUGAUUCAUGUGGAGACAGACAAGAUGAUUCCCGUGCUAACUUUUGUAAAGCUGAUGAAGCAGAUAGCAUCUGGUAUAAGAAAAUGGAGGGAUGCAUAACUCCAUACCCUAAAGUUUCCAGUGGGGAGUUGAAGCCGUUUCCAAAAAGGCUUUAUGCUGUUCCCCCCAGGAUUUCUAGUGGGUCUGUUCCUGGAGUUUCUGUUGAGGACUACGAGGAGGAUAACAACAAAUGGAAGAAGCACGUGAAUGCUUAUAAACGAAUCAAUAAACUAAUAGACACAGGAAGGUAUCGCAACAUUAUGGAUAUGAAUGCUGGUUUGGGUGGUUUUGCUGCAGCAAUUGAAUCUCCAAAAUUGUGGGUCAUGAAUGUGGUGCCCACACUAGCUGAGAAAAAUACGCUGGGUGUUGUUUAUGAGCGAGGAUUGAUUGGAAUCUACCAUGAUUGGUGUGAAGGUUUCUCUACUUACCCAAGGACAUAUGACCUCAUUCAUGCCCAUGGUGUUUUCAGUUUGUACAAUGGAAAAUGCAACUGGGAAGACAUUCUUCUAGAGAUGGAUCGGAUCUUGCGGCCAGAAGGUGCCGUCAUAUUCCGUGAUGAAGUCGAUGUAUUAGUUAAGGUGAAGAAGAUAGUUGGAGGAAUGAGAUGGGAUACUAAAAUGGUGGACCAUGAGGAUGGUCCCCUUGUACCAGAGAAGGUAUUGGUUGCUGUCAAGCAGUACUGGGUUGGAAACUCCACCUCCGCGCAAUGAACGCCUUAAAGGACUGCCUCGAGGCCUCGACGUGGAUCUAAGCUGGCAAUGUUCUCUGUUACAAGUCCUCACAGGAUGUGUAUUUUUCCAGUGCCCACUUUUGCUGCCCGACUACUUCAUACUUAGUAAGGAGGAGGGCUUACACAAUCUAUGUUCGUUAACUAUCUUCCGCCAUGUUCCUUUGUAGUAAUUUACAAGUAAACAAAGCCACAGAGCUACAUUGCUUGUAUGUUUAGAGUGUCAUUCAUUUUACAAAACCCCUUUUUAUUAUGUUCACUUUAACGAAAAGCUUCCGAUACUGUUCAUUAUAACGAUACUGUACACUAAAAAGUUAAUUCUGGUACUAUUUAUUUUAUCUUUUAUUUUGUCCUUA